CUGCGAUCAACACCAUGGGGCACCACGGAGCACUGCUGAGCGACGAAGAGGAAGGAGAGAUCGUCGAGGAUGAACUGACGAAGCUGGAGAUCAAAGCAGCCGCUAUACUUUCAAAGCCACUUCAUGAGAUGCCGCCGUUGCCCACCCAUUCAUCUAAACUACCGGUCGUCCUCCCCAGUCCUCACGACGAGAAGGCGAGUCGUCCAGCACCUCCUCAGUCCGACGUGUCCUCGUCAGGGGGCGAUGCCAAGCGCCGCCGUGUGGACAGCACCAAAACAUCGACAAACGGUGGAGACAAGAAGGUGCAUGACACGUACACGAUCGCCGAGCGCAAAGUGGAGUUGUCCAUCUUGCUCCGCGAACCUUUCCAAGUCCGGUCCAGUCGCGUGCUGCUCAAUUUCAACCACUGGUUCGACUCCGUGCUCAAGUACGCAUGGGUGCCUCGCAUCAGUGCGGACGACCUGCAAUCGAUCCUUCUGCACUUUGUCGACCCGUCCCUGCACCCUUCGUCGCGCUACCUCGAAGACUGGGACGACGAGUAUCGUCCGGCGAAGCUGUGCUUUGUCCUCGCGAAAGGGUUUCAUCCCGACGUGCUGGCCAAGGCCGUGACCGCGAAAGCGUCACCGUUGUCGUUCUUCACAUCCUGCAGCUCCAUGCCGCUGUCCCUAUCCACGACUGCGGCCAUGGAGCGCAAUGCCAAGCUCAAAGAAACACCGCUGCCCUGCCUUCUCGCGCGGUUCCCGUCCCCUCCCAUCAACCUCGACAUGGCAACCCCCGAGACUCUGUUCACGUCCAACGUCGAGCUCACCAUGCUAGGCAUCUACACGUCCGACACCCCACCGCCAUCUGCCGCCGCGCCGCCGCUCAAAGGCGGAUGGACGGACGAGCUCGUGUUUCAGCCGUCGGGGGUGUUCUUUCGCAAGACCACCAACCAGACCGGCGACUGGCGCAUCGACGGCGACCUCCUCCAUCUUCGGUGGCGGGUGGUGGCACAGCACACGAAUGACGACUCGAACGUCACGUCCGUCGACGUGCUGCAGGCCGAUGACGACUCGCUCCGGAGGUUCCGCACCAGCGACCACCUCGACGCCACGUACGCCGCCGCCGCCGCGAAACCGAAGCGUUUGCUUCGGCUCACACUGCUUCGCGCGGCCGCGGUCGGGUCGUCCUCUACCCACCCCCCUCCCGCCGGCACCACCUCUGCUUCCGACCCAUCAGCGGCGACGACCCCCCUCGAUUACUACACCUUGUCCCAGUCCGACCGCGCGGCGCAUCAGUACCCCAUGGACGUGGCCGCCGAGCAAGCCGCGCUAGAUAAAGCCACCCAGGGCCAGUCCACUGACGUGUACGUCACAACGUCGGGGCUGCCGUCGUUACCUGAACCGGUCGUCCUCGCCAUCGACUGCGAAAUGUGCGAGACUGUGCUCGGGUCCGAGCUCACGCGCGUGACCCUAGUCGACGCAGCGGGGGCGGUAGUGUACGACCAACUGGUGAAACCUCGUCACACAAUCGUCAACUACCACACAGCGUUCAGCGGGAUCACGGCUGAGACGCUGGACGCGGUGGAUGUGACACUGCGCGACGUACAGCAGACGCUGCUGACGUCGUUUCUGCAUGCCAACACGGUGCUCGUGGGCCACUCGGUCGACUCGGACCUGCGCGCACUGCGCCUCGUCCAUCCGCAUCUCGCCGACACGGCGCUUCUGUACCCGCAUCCCCGCGGGUUUCCGUUCAAGCCGUCGUUGAAGAUGCUCGCGGCGACGUUUCUCCACCAGUCGAUUCAAUCGGCCGACAUGGCGGGCCACGAUUCGGUGCAAGACGCUGUCGCAGCUCUCCGUUUGUUUCAGCUCAAAGUACGCCACGGACCGACCUUUGGGCUGCCGCCAUCGCCGCCGGAAUCUGUCGCGUACAUGUCGUUACUGGACAAGUGUGCGGCGCGUCGACUGGGCGUGUACAGUGUCGCAGAAUCGUCCAACGAUGACGCUCAUGCGACACAUCCUCCGUGGAACUUGUUUGCCAGCGGCGAGUGGGCCGACCAAUUGGCCAGCACCCAUCUUCAUAUCCACUCCACCACGUCGGAAACCAAGUGCUUUGUGGCGCCGACGGUGACCUCGUUGGCUGCCGCGGCCGAUCAGAUCCGGACGCACGGCGCCGCCCAAGAUGUGCUGUGGGUCGAAGUCGAUGCGACCAGAACAGACCCCGCCGUGUACGUGGCGACGCCGCACCAGUGGAAACAGCGCCAGACCAAUCAGGUUCAAGCGUUGAACGACAAUCUCAAUGUCCUCCACGACGCGCUCCCGCCCAACACACUCCAAGUGGUUGUGCCUCAGGCGGCGCUGGGGCUGUUCAGACACUUGCGGGGCGCGCGCCUCAAGGCCAAAUGGGGCGACGGGUGGGACAGCCAAUGGACGGACCGCGACCUGGCGAACCUCCGGUACGCGCUUAGCGGCGCCCUGGACAGCGUCGUGUUUCUCAAGCACAAACCAUAGUACUACUAGAUAUACUACUAGUACACCUCAAAGAAAAAAGCUCGGAGCGCAUUGUGGAGUCGGUAACGUUAUACAAAUAGUUCCACAUGAUCCAUCAAUCCAAUCUCACCGUAAAUCGAAUCACGAAUCGACGCUAU